UUAUAUCUUGCUUCAUUUAGGGUGGGGACAUUUCUUAUUAGAUGUUCUGAAAACAUUACAUAUAGCUUUCAGGUCCCCUCCCUACACUAAGCUAGGAGCUUCUUUCCUUACAAUUUCAUUAUAAUUAGCACAAGCACUUCUUCACAGCACCAUGCUUUCCAGCAGAAUUCAAUUUAUUUUAUUUUUCUGCACUAUUACAAAACGAAUCUGGGGUUUAACAAAUGAAGAAAAAGAAAUACUUGUAGCAGAACACAACAACUUACGGUCUCAAGUAUCUCCUUCUGCUGCUGAUAUGUUAGAAAUGACUUGGGACACCUCGCUUGAGAGCUUUGCAAAGGCUUACACAGCUAAGUGUCUCUGGGCUCAUGAUGCAGAAAACAAAGACAAAGGUGAAAACCUUUAUGCCACAACAAUGAAUUCCUUGGACGUAGAGAAGGCGGUACAGGAGUGGUAUGAUGAACGGCAGAAUUAUGACUUUGACACAAACUACUGCAAUGAAGACAAGAUGUGUGGACACUACACACAGGUUGUGUGGGCUACCAGUGAAAAAGUAGGAUGCCAUGAACACUUCUGUAAUACUCUGCAUGGUCUAGAUGGUGAAAACUGGUUCCUGCUUAUGUGUUACUAUCACCCGGGGGGCAACUAUGAAGAAGAGAAGCCAUAUACACAUGGAAUACCUUGUGAGCAAUGUCCAGAGGGCUAUGAAUGCAUCAGUAAUCUCUGUACAACUCCCAAGCAGAUAACAUCUCAGGUGCCAUCUACAAGUGAGUUAUCUAAAACAAUGUCCAGCCAAGCAUAUUCGACUGUUGCUCCCACCACGUUGCCGUCAACAGAAACAACAUCCAGUGAGGUAUCCUGGACCAAUGUUCUCACUACAUUAGAAUCAACAGAAGCAGUACCCACCGAAGCAUCCUGGCCUGCUGUUCCCACUAAGUUUCAGUCAACAGAAACAACAGCCAGCCAGGUAUCCUGGACUGAUAUUCCAACUCAAUCUCCAUCAACAGAAACAAUAGACCAACAAGGACACUGGCCCAUGACUUCUGAUGAUUCUGAAAUGGCAGAAACAACAGCCAGCCAGGUAUCCUGGACUGAUAUUCCAACUCAAUCUCCAUCAACAGAAACAAUAGACCGCCAAGGACACUGGCCCAUGACUUCUUAUGAUUCUGAAAUGGCAGAAACAACAGCCAGACAGGUAUCCCGGACUGAUAUUCCAACACAAUCUCCAUCAACAGAAGCAAGCACCUAUCGUGAGUACUGGUCUAUGAAUUCUACUGAAUCAGAAUUUGCAGAAACAAUGUCUGCUGAGGUAUCCCAGGCUGAUGUAUCCACUAAUUCACAGUCAACAGAUAUAAUUCAACAAGAAGAGGACAUGCAUUCCCUAGAAAAAGGGAUGUACGAUUACACAUCUUCAGCUGUGCAAUCAUACUACAGUCAUCUCAGUUUCUCUCUCACACUUCUACUAAUGUUUUAUUUCGUCUAAUAAACUGCAAGAACUGUUAAAAUAUUACACACACUGAUGUUGACAUAAACAGUAUCACUGUAAUCAUAGUGAAUUACAGAGAAUGAUCUCAUUGGUAAGACUG